UUUUUCAGAUUUUUACAGCAAAGUUUUCUCAAAAUUGGCCAAAAACAUUAAGUUUAAGUGACUGCUGCCUCAGCUUUACCUGAUGUUGAGCUACAGUCCAGGACCGGCACGGCGAGUAAUGAAAAUCUACAUUUAGCAUCAUAAAUAUCAUUAAAACUUCUUACAAAUAUUUCUAAAUUAGCACCACAUAAACAAUCUCAAAAUCCUGGAUGAAUUGAUCAGUGUGAAAGAUGCUAAAUAUUUCAUUUUAAGAAACAAAUGGCUAUUUAUUGACAUUUUAAAGGUUUAGUGGGUUUUAUUGAUACAUUGACCCUUUUAUAACAUUCAGACUUUUGACUUGACUCAAAAUGAAAAUAAGUUUGAGAGCUAAAGUAUCUAAAUGUUUAUAUCUGAAGCUCAAAAAUAAACAAGUGGCCGUAAAAACAGAAUCUUUUGGAAAGAUGAUGCUAAAGUCAUCUGCAACUUUGCAUUAGAAAUUUGGUAACAGGAAAUGGAAUCUGUGUUAAAACUGUUUUGGUAAAUACUCAAAACUAAAUUUAAAAGGAAAGGAAGUGAUUCAAGUACCCUUAAGCUGAUGGAUUACAAUUGAUGCCAUUAAAGCUGUUGCUAAUCUAAGAUCCCAUAAUUACAGACUCGAUCCAGAAAAACUGUGUUAAGUUUUAUUAAAGAUCUGGAGGUUAAAUUAUUGCUUAUUUAUUCACAGCAAUACAGAGAACAACUUUACUCACAUUUUGUUAAAAUUGUAUGAUUCAUGUCUCUUGAACAUCCAUAAAUCUCCUUUUAUUUAAAAUCUGCUUAUGAACAUCUUCAGUGCUCCAUUACAAAUAUUCUGAGCUUUUUCUCUUCAGGCUGCAGCGACUCUUAUCUUGUUUUCCGCAUCUUGUUAAAAUGUUUGUCUUCUGUUUUUGCUGUUUUUGUUCUGUAAAGUCAAAUAAACGACUUAUCUGCAUUGACAAAGUCUGGAAGUUUUUUUCCGUUUACAGAAAGAUAAAGUGAGGAUCGGGGCGGGAGGUGUGUUCUUCUGCUGAAACUUAAAGCUGCUUCAGAGAAGCCAGGACUAGCAGAGGAAGAACAUCCUGUUGACAGAACAAAGUGUUUUAGGGGGAUUUAACACACAGCAGCUUCAGCGAUGCAUUCCCAUUCGGGGCUGAUCUUUAAAGCCGUCCUGGCUCUUCUACUCCCGCGGCCGAGCAGCGCCGAGUCCGACCCAUUUCAAGCCGUCAACCCGAACGAAUCGGACGGAUGCCUCCAGCCUCCUCUCUCCGCGCUUCUCUCCCGCGGCGCCGCGUCCGCAGCCGCGACAGAGGAGAUCCUGGAGUCCAGCCAGGAAGCGCUGCUUGUCACGGAGCGCCGCUACCUGCGGACAGACUGGUGCAAGACGCAGAUGCUGAAGCAGACCAUCCAGGAGGAGGGCUGCCUGAGCCGCACCAUCACCAACCGCUUCUGCUACGGACAGUGCAACUCCUUCUACAUCCCACGGCACACUUACCAGGACGGCGGCGUGUUCCAGGCCUGCUCCGCCUGCAGACCGAAAACGUUCAGCACCAUCACCCUGACGCUGUUUUGUCCGGGUCAGACGCCCAGCACGCGGAGGAAGCGGGUCCAGCGCGUGAAGCAGUGCCGCUGCGUAAACAUCAACACGGACUGAAGCUCAGCUGGAUGACCGGACCGUUAACAAAUAAUCAAGACAACGGCGUCAGGGUGCCAGAGUGAGGACAUCUUUGAUGAAACCUGACUGAACUGCUGCAGACUCCAAAGCCGGCCCAAGGCAUAUGCGAGUUACGCGGCCGCUUUGGGCCCCAACACCACCAGGGGGCCCCCUAGAGCAUCAUUUGAUUUUAUUAUGUAGUGAUGAAUUGCACAUUUUUCAUUGUCUACACUUUCUGUUCCAAAUUUUAGAAACAAAAGAUAUUAAAGUUGCUAUCUUUAUUGUAAAUUCAAUUUUACUUUCAAAUAGUUAAAUUAAUAUGCCACACUUACAGUAAAUACCACUCUCUAUUUCAAAAUGCAAAUUAAUUAGAGCAUCUUUACUCGUUUGCUUCUCCUGUAAGAUUAAAAUCAAGAACCAUAAUAACACCAGUAUGAUGUACACUGCAAAAAAGUUAUACCAAGUAUUUUUGGUCUAGUUUCUAGUGUAAAUGUCUUAGUUUUGUCUUAUUUCA